CAGGAAAUCUGGUGCAGUUGAGAAAAGGCGCAGAAUUGAGAUACAAAGCUGUCUAGCGAGAUGGAGAAGAUCAUCACCAGCCGGCAUCUCUGCAAGGACCUACAUCGCCUUUCUCCUGACUACCAGACAUCCUAUCUGGAGGCGUUUCACGCCCUCACCCUCCACUUCGCCCCAAAGAUGUUCCACUUUUCGUACCAGGGAAUGCAGUGCAGGACAAUCCUCGCCGCCAUGCAUUUUAACGAAAAUGCCAACAGGGCACAGAGCAAGAGACGGGAUGGUGAGGACAUGUACACCCUUCACUACCCGAAGUACAAGAAAGGCGGUUACAUCGUACGAAAGGUUUUGAAGAAGUCAACUUUCGGUUAUGCCAUGCAGUUGAUGGACCGUGUGGAGGCGAUGUGCUCCGGGAUCAACUAUGAGGGCGACAUCCUGGAAGACCUGGAGCUAGCUGCUGCACCUGUGCCCCCGCCCCUCAAUGCUGACUUUGAGAAGCCGGACAAGCAGACAGCAGUCAGGGAGAAGGUCGGCAGGUUUAACCGCUAGAGAAUCCUGACUGUAGCA